GGUAUAUGCUAUCAAAAACCUUAGCAGAGGAUGCUGCUUGGAAAUUUGCAAAUGAAAAUGGAAUUGACUUGGUUACAAUACAUCCAGGGUUUGUGAUCGGUCCUGUCUUCCAGCCAACUCUGAAUCUCACUAUGAAGAUUAUUUUGAACUACAUAAUUGGUACUCUUCUCAGUUGUGGAUGUUGCAUAUGCAACUACUGCAAUCCUUCAUGAAUCUGUUUGAUGGAAGCAAUUGUCUUUUUACGUGCAAGUCAAACAUUUCCAAAUGAGACUUUAAGAUCUGUUGAUGUUAGAGAUGUUGCAAAUGCACAUAUUUUAGCUUUUGAAAGAUCUUCAACUAGUGGCAGAUACUGUUUAAUUGGACAAGUAGCACACUUGUCUGAGUUCUUUAAGAUUCUGUGCAAACAGUACCCAACACUACCACUUCCUGAAAAAUGUGUAGAUGACAAGCCUUUUGUGCCAAAAUAUGAGGUAUCUAAAGAGAAGGCAAAAGACUUGGGUGUGGACUUCACUCCUUUGGAGGUUACUGCUAAAAACAUCAUUGAAAGCUUGAAAGAGAGAGGCUUUCUUAAUUUUUGAGUAGUGUGAUUUAUUUAGUUUUCCUAAAUGUCUUCAUUUAUAUAAGCUUCUGUUUCUUAUAAGGUGCAUGCAGGAUGUAACCAGUUACUUCUUAAGGGGUGCUUGUGCUAGCUUUGAGCUCUCUGGGGGCCAUAUUGAUAGGAACACAUUUGAAUUGAAAGCAGAUUUUAAUGUAAUGAAAAAUAUACAUAGGAUUAAGCUCA